AGUAUCUCUCGUUCAUCCAAUCGGCUAGGGUUUCUACGGACGACAAAGAGGAGGGAACUGCGAUUCGCUCCAGAUAACCUACUUCGCCUGUACCUUGAGAGCACUACACAGGCGGGGACUGUCGGGAACAGAUUUGUCUUUUGCUGGUGCAAUAGAUCAUUCUCUUGAUAGAGGUAUAAGAUGCCAAGGACAAAGCCUGGUACUGCAGCCACUAAACCAACUGAACCCGAGAAGCUGGCUGAGACAGAGGAAAAGAUUGAACUUGGUGCUGAAAAUGACAUGGAGGAGUUGUCAGAGGAAGAGGUCGAAUAUGAAGAAGUAGAGGAGGAGGUGGAAGAGGAAGAAGUGGAAGAAGAAGAAGAAAUUGAAGAGGAAGUGGAAGAGGAGGAUCCCGAACCUGAUGAAGAUGAUGAAGAUAACAUGGAGAAUGAUGAAGUGGAUGACAUAAAGCACUCUGAGCUUCUUGCACUUCCUCCACAUGGUUCGGAGGUUUACAUAGGGGGAAUUCCUCACGAUACAUCUGAGGAUAGCCUAAAACGCUUUUGUGAAACGAUUGGGGAAGUUACAGAGGUCAGGAUAAUGAGGGGAAAGGAUUCUCAUGAAAACAAGGGAUAUGCUUUUGUGACCUUUAGGACAAAGGAAUUGGCUUCUACUGCUAUAAGGGAACUCAAUAAUGCUGAAUAUAAGGGAAAAAGGCUCAAGUGUUCAACAUCUCAGGCAAAAAAUAAGCUGUUCAUAGGUAAUGUACCCAGAAACUGGGGAGAACAGGAUAUAAAGAAGGUUGUGAAGAAAGUAGGUCCCGGGGUUGUUGCAGUGGAGCUUUUAAAGGACCCGCAAAACUCAAGUCGAAAUCGCGGAUUUGUAUUCAUUGAGUAUUAUAACCAUGCUUGCGCCGAUUACUCCAGACAGAAGAUGUCCAACCCGAAAUUUAAGUUAGAUGAUAAUGCUCCUACUGUGAGUUGGGCUGAUCCAAAAAGUGCAGAAUCUACUUCUUCACAGGUUAAGGCUGUUUAUGUGAAGAACUUGCCAAAAGAUAUAACCCAGAAUCAGCUUAAAGAGUUGUUUGAACACCACGGCAAGAUUUCAAAAGUUGUUCUCCCUCCAGCAAAACCGGGACAAGAAAAUAGCAGAUAUGGCUUUGUUCACUUUGUAGAAAGAUCAAGUGCCAUGAAAGCUCUAAAGAACACUGAAAAAUAUGAGAUCGAUGGCCAAGUUGUAGAAUGCUCACUUGCAAAGCCUCAGGCUGACCAGAAAUCGUCUGGGGGAUCAAAUUCGCAGAAAACACCUCUACUUCCAUCCUAUCCACCUCGUAUGGGAUAUGGCCUGGUGGGAUCUCCAUAUGGUGCUCUUGGUGCUGCAUAUGCCAGUUCAAAUCUUGCUGGACCGCUGAUGUAUGGAAGGGGUGUUCCUCCGGGCAUGGCUAUGAUGCCAAUGCUGUUGCCUGAUGGGAGGGUCGGCUACGUCCUACAACAACCUACUCCGUCUCCACCGCAGAGAGGCGGACGCAGCAGCAGCAGCAGUGGUGGUGGUGGUGGUGGAGGUUCAAGCGGAGGAAGACGAAGCGGCAACAGCGACAGCGGGCGCAACCGCAAUCGGUACAAUCCUUACUAAAUCCCCGCUUCAAUUUAUAGCAAGAAAUCUCAGUAUCCCCACCCACCCCUUAAAAAUCUACUACUGCUCAAGUGAUUUGAAGCUGAAGCCUUCAUAUGAUGCUCCACCUAACAGACACAACAGUUGUAGACUGGUGUAUUAUUUUUUCAAGAAUGUAGUAUUUUUAUAUGAUUA